AUGGAUCCCCAUGUAGAGGCCGCGCCGACCUAUAGGACCUUGGCCCUCGGGUCGCUUUCCUCAACGAUUCCCGAGAAAGGGAUCUCACGAAGUGCUAUGGAAGACAAGUACUUUAAGAGGAUGCAGAGAGGUAAAGCGGCGGUGACUGAGUCAUCAUCCCAUGGACUUUCUGACAGCCGCGAUACUGUCAGCAUGGAUUCUAUAGAUGCUACUGUCUCUGUGCAAAAUUCAUUCCCUUCCAGGGAUGCGUGCGCUGGGGAAAUAGGGGCGAAGCCCGAUGGAGGAUAUCCCCCCUCACGUGAGGAGAAGUCUUCACUAACCACCCGGAUUGCUGAUCAAGUGGGAGAUCGCCCAGCAUCUCGCCAGAACAGCGGGUUUACUGUGCAUGAUACUCGUCUUCCCAGUAUCAGAAACGAUAUUCUAGGUGAUUCUGCGCGUGAAUACCACCAUGGAAGUGGGUCGAUAGGUAGUUUUCAGACCUUAACAGCGGGAGGGGAGCGCUCUGCGCAAAGCACGCCGAAUCGCUUCCAAAGGCAUCUCUCUCUAAGAGAGGAGACAAGGAGAAAGCAGAUCCAACUUGCUUCCAAACGUGCACGCGAGGCCAAGGCUGCAUUAUACGAUCUCUGGCUUCGCGAAGGAAAGAAAUCUACUGAAAAACAACCAGUACAUCUACGAACUGGAUGUGGUUCGACACCCUCUAUAGUUUCCAUACCACAGUCCUUUUCUCAGUCCUCGACCUCACUUCCACAAGAUUCGUUUAAGCCAGGUGUGUCGACCUGUACUUCCCCUCUUGGUGAUUCUUUGGCGGACUCGACCAGGACGGCUGUCGCUGAAAAUGAAAGCACCAACAGUAGCUUUUUUGUCGAUGACGAGAGCUUGGAUAUCCAAGCGGAUAUUGGAACUAUCUAUUCCCAGUUGCGCUUAUAUCGCACAGACAAUUCUGUUUCGAGCGGGGACAGGGCCUCGAAUCUGAGGGAGGGUCACACGAACGAUGAUGGGACGGUCAAAUCGACGGAGGGGCCCACAGUGGGACGCCCAGUUUAUCGGACUUCGAGUCUCUUUCCCCUACAGUCCAGCGCUUACGCGGAAAGUGUCGUGCUCACACAGCGCUCCCAACAGGUUUUUGUGUUGAUGUCUCUCCUCUGCGAGGCCCACAGGCAUUCUUGGAAGUUGCAUCUGGAGCUCUUACAGUUGUACCACUAUUACAUCCUGCCGAUUCUUGGCAGCAGCCGCAGUGCUGCCGAGCGGACGGUAUUGGAGAAGGCUUUGCGGAAUUCUGGAUCUCGUGCGCUGGGCUACUAUCAUACGGCCUUAGCUUCCUUUGCGGGGAUGGAUUUUCAACUAUUUAGGUAUCAGCACGAUAGGAUAUGGCGCAAGCUCUUUGCUGAUGUUCGACAGUAUCUUGGGAUGGAUUCCACGGCAGCCGAGGGCGGCUGUGAUGGGUCGGAGGGGGUGAGAUCGACAGGUGGAGGAGAUGGGACCUUGCGUUUCGCCGCGACACUUUUGCAUUCACUUGAUUUGUUUGAGCGUCAGCAUGGGAUGCAGAUGGCACUACGUGAUGCCACGAGGUGGAUUACUUGGUACUACUACUGUUACCUCCCGAGUACGCAGGUCGGUGGCGGCGGUGCGGCAGGACACACUGCCGAUGGUGCCCGUGAAUUGGACGCAGCGGCGGUCACUCCCGAAGAUUGCUCUGCUGCACGGAGCACAUCAGGGUCUAGAGACAAUGUAUCCAAGAAUUCAAGCGAUCUUUUUAGCUCCCGUGGGGUUAGUGAAUCCAUUGCUGGCGCAAAUGGGAAUUCCGGGUGUACUAGCCACUCUCACGCUGAGGGAGAAACCCUCCUGCUUUCCACUAAUGCGGAGAAAAGCACCGGGGAAAGUGUGACCCGUGAGGAAGAUGUUAUAGAGCCGCCAGAAUUUAACCGGGGGUACGUGUCCCUGGACUGGCAGGCUGCCCAAGACGAGCAAGUUCGAAACAUGGUAUACAACAUCCGACUGUACAGGAAACUUGCGCGGAUGGACAGAGCGGUGCUGACUUCUCGUGUACCAAUUCCGCCGACCUCAACAAAUAUUGAGACUAAGUCCGAGAGGGAAGGCGGUAACCCGACGAACUGCGUGACGCCGAACAAAAUCGAUGAAUUGCCGGAGGAAAUUGCCGAUGUCCAUCCACGGAGUCCUGAGGAUCGCACCCGUAUCUCCAGCGCUCCAUUUCCGAACGCUAAAGUCUCUUCACCAAACACCGUUUCUGCGCCUCAGAGUGGGCCAACACCGCGCCCAGCGGGGGUGCCUACCGCUCGCCCAGAGACUGUGGCUACUAGUCCAGUUUGCCAUGCAUCGCAAAAGUCAAUGACAUCCCGCAAAAGGUUCAAGACAUUCAGGGUUAGGGCGAAUUUCCAUGACAGUUUGAAUGUGGGCUGCUUUGGAUUAUCCUUUUUUACGCUCCAUUCACAAAGGAGCAAACCUCAUUCGUGA